AUGGGCUCCCACGACUCUCUGAACCAGGCUGAAGGUGCUCCCCGGUUCUGGUACCGUGAUAACUUCUUCCUCACAAACGACAAGUCCUAUCUGUGUCCCCAAACUUUCAACAAGUCUCUCGAUGACAAUUGGUGGAGCAGUCCCUUGCCGCAAGGACAACUCCAAAGAGUGCUGGAUAACUGCUUGACUCUGGCGGUCUACUAUACUCCCCAGACUGCCGAAGAGAUGAAGAGGAAUGGCAUCGCUCAACCCAAAGAUGGCUCUCCGCAUAAGAUGGUCGGCUUCGCUCGUGUAGUGACCGACUAUGUGACGCUGGCCUACCUCACAGACGUAUUUGUCCUUGAGGAAUUCCAGCGGCGAGGCUUAGCAUCAUGGCUGAUGAAGGCUCUCAAGGAGAUAGUCGACGAAUGGAAGCACAUGCGUGGCCUUCUCCUUAUGACACACGACCAAGCCGCAGCUCGUUUAUAUCAAAGGGAGUUAGGUGCUCAAGAGUUCGAAAAGGGACCAUCAGCCGGGCUAGUAAUGCUCGAGAUGGCUGGUCCAGCCGAGAAGCCCACACCCAAGCAUUGA